AUGCUGCAUAAUCCGGAAGUGGUGCGCGCAGCGCAAGUGCAACUGGAUACCGUGUGUGGAGCCCGCCUCCCGACAUGGGAGGUUAGGGUAAAGCUGCGUUGCAUAGAGGCGCUCAUGAAAGAGACGAUUCGGUGGACAUGGUGUGCCUCUGGGCAUCUUGAGAGGGGCCUCCAAGGUGGGUGUGAUGGGGGAAAUAAAAGUUACGAGCUUAAAACAAACCAGGAAUUUGAAUACAAGGGCUAUGCGAUCCCCAAGGGAACGCUCUUGAUCGAUAAUCUAUGGUCAGUGACGAAACAUUAUGCAAUUAAUAUUAUCGGUUUUUUCACGAUUCAGGAAUCAAAUGAGGGAUGA